UGCCCUUGCAGGGAGGCGCGGGCUGGGCCUUGCACAGGGCAGCCCCGGGAGCAGGUGGGGGGCGGAGCUGGCGCCGUCGGAUGCCCGCUUCCCUCCUUGCAACGGGCGUCCUUGGCGAAACUCCUGCUCCUUGCGCAAAGCUGCUGCGCUCGGCUCUGCAAGGAAGGUUGCGCGCACCAGAGCAGCCGUCGGGCACCAGGGGCGCCUCCAGGGCCUCGACGCCUCUGUUUAAAACUGGGCAUACAAAUUAACUGGUCCUUGAGACAUAAUCCCCGCCGCAGAAAAAGAAUAGCAAUUGAUCCCCACGAGGUCAUAUCACUCGUCCCCAGAGAAGAGAUGCCCAACGAAUCUUCCUUCAACAAGCCGUCGGCCCCGUCGGAGCAUCCCGGCCAGGGGGGUAAGGUGGGCACCUUCGGGAAAUCCUCUGGCCUGGCGGCCGCGGGAACCACCAACAAUGCCGGGGGUUCGGCUCAGAGUCCGGCUGGCGCGGCCGCCCCGUCGGGGAAGAAGUCCCCCCGGCUGCCCAAGUGCGCGCGGUGCAGGAACCACGGCUACUCCUCGCCCCUGAAAGGGCACAAGCGCUUCUGCAUGUGGAGAGACUGUCAGUGCAAGAAGUGCAGCCUGAUCGCCGAGAGGCAGCGGGUGAUGGCCGCCCAGGUUGCCCUUCGAAGGCAGCAAGCUCAGGAAGAGGAGCUGGGCAUCAGCCACCCCAUCCCGUUGCCCAGCGCCACGGAAAUGUAUGUGAAGAAAGAGAACAACGCCAGUGGGGGCCCUUCCUGCCUCUUGUUGGAGAGCACCAGCCCACCACUGCCCACCACAUCAGCUUCCGCGGUGCCAACCUCGUCCACAGAGGGCCGGAUGCUGAUCCCGGACCUUCCUUCCCUGGCCAGCAGAGGUCACCUGGAGAGCGCCUCCGACUUGGUCGUGGACUCCACUUACUACAGCACCUUCUACCAGCCCUCCCUGUAUCCUUACUACAACAACCUCUACAACUACUCCCAGUACCAGAUGGCUGUGGCCAGCGAAGCCACCCCUGGGGAUAUGGGGGGCCCACUGGUGGGGUCCCCUGUUAAAAACAGCCUCCGGAGCCUCCCAGCGACCUAUAUGUCAAGCCAGUCAGGAAACCAGUGGCAGGUGAAAAGCCCAGAAAACCGCCAUGGUGUGAGUUCCCAGUACAGAAUGCAUUCUUACUAUCCUUCCAGCUCCUACUUAGGGCAGAGCGUUGGGGCUCCUGCCUGUGUCCCCCAGAUUUUCACCUUUGAGGAGAGCCCCUCUUUCUCUGAAACGAAAGCAAAUGUAUUUUCACCACCCAGUAGUCAAGAUUCUGGCUUGGUUUCCCUUUCCAGCAGCUCUCCCAUCAGCAACGAAAGCACCAAAGCUGUGUUGGAGUGCGAGUCGACCUCCGAUUCUGGGACCUUCACUGUUCAUUCUGUCAUGGAAGACGGUGAAUGAGCAGCCCUGAAGAAGCUCCUCCUUGGACGUCUUGGGAAAGUGCCUUCUUGUUGAGAUGUGUUUGGUUUGUGAUGAUUGAUGCCGAUGUAACCGUUGAGAAAACGUUGAGUUUAUUCCCUUUGUAUUGUUCCGCACAAUGUGAUUUGCAACCUCUUAGUUUAAGGACGCACGUUCUUCCUAUUAGGGGUGGCCUGGGAGUUCCUUGGGGUUAAUCCUAGUAUAAAAAAGAUAAUACUUUGCAGAUAAACUGUGAUCAAAGUUAAGUGAAUGACUAAGCUACUUACAUAAGCAAUAUUUCUACAGCGCACAAGAGUUAGUUCUUCAACAAAGGCAAGAUAAAAUUGUAAAAAGGGCUUUCAGUAUAAUGAAGAUUUUAAGAAAUUGGCAUAAAGGUUGAUAAUUCUCUUAUCACAAAAUAAUUCUUUCAGCUUUUAUUUUUUAAUGACAGUAAAACAGAAUGUGCGAGUCAGAGUAAUGUUCUAGGAUUUACAACCCCCUUCAUAAAUGCUGCUUUCUAUCUAUUUGUAGGCUGCAAAAGUAGGGGGGCGGAGUUUAAGUAAGAAUAAUACUUUCAACAAAAAUCUGGUGAGUUACCUUCAUGGUUGGAUGUUUUUAUGGAAGAUGCUAGAUUUUGGCUAGGCAUUUAUUCUGCUAACAGCAUAAAAUUAACAUAAAUUUAGUACUUUCUAAGUUAACCUGUUUGCUACAAUCUUGGCUUAAAGCAUUUAAAAGUUACUACAGAUUUUCGGUAUUUGUUAAAAAUUGCUUAGCAUGUACUUUUCCUUGGGUUACAGAAGCCAAGCUGAAAUGAAACUAGUCUUUAAAAAAUUCAUUGUUCUCUGUAGUUGCAGCGGUACCUGAAAUAAAAACGUUAUUGAUGACCAAAUUUUCUUGUGUAUAGUUGGCAAGCUGUAUUAAACAGGAAAAAAAGAAA